AAAGUGCAAUUUGAAUAAUUACUUUUCAGUUUUCAUUCAUUUGUUUUCUUUUUUGCUUUGAUGAAUUGAUGCUACCAUUCUAAGUGAGUGGAUGUUAGAUCAUCUCUCUAUAUGUUCUGUACCUCUAAUUAAGCUCCAUGCUUGGUCGAUCAUUACAUUUUGAAAUGUAUUACAUACUACUUUUAACUUGAAUCUUAAUCUUUUGACAAUUCAACCUUGCCAUACCUCGAUUUUUUUUCGUCCUCCGCCACUGACGGCCGCCGAUGACCCCUCCGUAGAGCUUAGGACCUCCGUCCCAUGUUCUUGUGCAAGAGCCGAACGCCGUCGCCAUUCGUUUCCCCGUUGCCGCCUGAUGCCAUCGCGGCCCGGCUACACCGGAGCUCCGUGAGCGUCACGGCGAUGCCGCGGCCUCGGCUAUGCCGAGUGCCCGUGCACGCAUACGCUCGGCGCAACAGUGCCGGACCCUUUUUUCCUUCUUGGCCACCACUGAGCACACGCAGCCGCCGUGACCUCGGGUUGCCGAGCGCCCGCGUGCGUACGCACCGAGCACCACCCGAGCCGGGAACCAAAAGCCCUACCUCUGCGCCACUCUAACCUAGACGAGCUGCUCUGCCACGAUGUCAAGACGACGACGCCGAGCUGAAACCGCUGCCGGGAACAACGAUGACGUCAACGACCACGAACACGAGGAAGCCGAGCCUGUCCUUGCAGCACACUGCAGCCACAGACACACAGGUCUGCCACGACCGAGCACGGAACACACCCUGAGUCGAACCAAACAUACACCCCCGUUCCAUCAUUGCCGACGUCGCGACGCGAGCUAGCCGUAGCUGGUCAUCGCGAACGCGAACGCACGAUUGACCUUGCCAAGCCUACUUGUGGUGCCACGGCCCCUCUACCCCGCGCUCUCGCCGCGGGCGGGCACGUCACGAACCGGCCAUGCCGAGCACUGGGCACAUGUAUGCCGCCGGAGGCCGUCGCGCUUGCCACUGUCCUCGCAUGCCCUGGGCACGAGCCAAGUCGCCGAGGACCAGUCGUCGGUGGACACCGCGAGCGCAAGCCAGUACAACCGUUCUUUUUCCGUAAAUAAUUUAAAGUUACAAUUAUCCAAUCGUGCACGUGACACGCUUUUGUUCGGUAGAACGGACGCCGAGCCGUUCGUCGGACGAAACGUUGCCAACUCGUUGCCACGCGCCAACAUCCUGCUAAAGGUGCCCAUCGCGGUGCCGUUCCCUUUCGCUGAAUGAGUGACAACGCGCGAACCGCCAUCACGCACGUCGCGGCACUCUGGCCCCACGAUGAGACCGCACAUCACUGUUCGACAGCUUUCGGCGCCGCUCCGCACUGUGGCACCAUGAUUCUUUGCCACCCACGCCGGCUUUGCCGUCUCAUCGCGUGUGUGACUACAACGCUGUCCCUCGCUACAGCGUUGUCUCUGUUCUCACACCAGUACCCCGUCACGUCGCUGUCGGCCACUGCCUCCUCUUGGUCUAUAAAAGGCGCAUUCGCAUAGCUCCUUCAUCACUCCCAACUCAUUUCCAACCAACCUGGCUACCUUCCCAACCCCAGUUUACUCGCCCUAUCUUUUCCACCAGAGCAAGGAUUUGCUCGUCGCUCUCUCAUCUUGACGAGCUCAAUGUGCUCUUGUCGCCGAGAGUUCGCGAACGACGACGACAAGAAGAAACCCGGAGGUUGGUGCCGUGAGAUAGGAGAUUCGUACCGCAAGCAAAAGCCCGGAGUACGUACCGCGAGCACGAGGACUAGUACCGCGAGCCGAAAAUCGAAACGCGUACCGCGAGUUGAUCUACCGGUUUGUUAUGCGAAGGCAAGUCCAAUCUUUUCCCUUUUGAUCAUAUUUAUACCAGUUUUUAAACACAAUCCGUAGAAGCCUAUUUAAAAGUGCAUUCAAUUGAUCAUAUUUUACUGCUUGCUGUAGUUAAAUACCCAAUUGAAAUGUCAUACCUUGCUAUUAUUUAAAUCCUGAUUAUUACUUGACAACCUAAGAUUUUUCUCUAAAUAUGAUUAGCUCUGUUUAGAUGAAUGCUUUGAUAAAUAAUACUAGCAUGCUUAAGAUUUAUUUAUGCAAUAUUACUCAUUGUUAUUUAUCAAAUAUAAUUAUUUACAAAUGAGAAAAAUGGGAUGGUUGUUUUAAAAGGUGUGAGUCGAAUUUAUAAAGUAUAAUGAACAUGAUGAUGAUGAUGGUGAUUACCCAGAGAUGGGGCGGAAUAGGAUCCAUGUGUGGGACUGUUGGAGAUUUGACUCGAGUCUAUUUGGUUCGGUCUUGUAGUUAUCCGCCUUGUCUCGAUUAAGGACUGGUAAUUGGUAGGAUUCUAGUCAAGUAUUACAAUGCAACCAUACGGCUAAAUGGGUACUCGCCUUAGCUUAUUAAGUCAGUCAGCCCGAGAGGAUGCUACCGCUCGAGUGCUCGAGGAGCUCGUCGGUGUUGGGGUAGCUAACCCGGUCAGAUGUAUGGAGGCGAGGCGCUCCUACAGUCUGUCGUGUAGCAUAUUUUGUGUCUGGCUGAUGUAAUGGUUUUGUCAUGUUAGCUUGCUGACACAUCUAAGGAAUUGUGUAUAUGCGCGCUAGCUACGCGCUGGCAUCAAAGCGAAACAUGUCAUAUGGGUAAAACUAUUUGAAUAGUCGUGCUCACGGUCAAGAGCGCUUGAACUAGACAGCCGGUUUUAGAGUUUUUAAAAUCUUUUUGAUAAAAUGUAAUUUGGGUCUGAUUUUGGAAAUGUCCAGCAAAAGUGUCGUGGGCUACUGCGCGGACGGAGUGUCCGGUAGCAUUAAAAGUUGGACUCACUUUUUUAUAUAUAUACUCAUAAAUAUGACUAUAUUACUCUCUUGCUAAAACGUCUUUACAAAAAUUAACCUUGCAUGGGUAAAAAUCUGCUUUUCGCAAAAUAAACCCCAACCACUUCCUUGGACUCUAUUAUGCAUGAACUUUUAUCCCUCUCCUAGGGCGGGGUUGGUCUUGCUGAGUACUUUGUACUCACCCUUGUCUGUGUUUACAGAUCGCCAGAGAAGUCUACCUGUAGUCAUCACGUCCGCACCCGACUUGUCUGUGGCGUGGGACAUCACGAUGCUAAGUUGCGAUGCUGACUGUUUCAUCAAUGUUGUUUUAGCUUUAAUACUAGCUAUCUUCCUUUCUAUUCUUUUUUUAUUUUGGAUUGAAAUUCAUAAACCACUGUCAUACGAACGGUAAUAAUUCAUUCUGCCUCCUGAAACUGUAAUUGUACCACAUAUGGCUCCUGUCUGUGUAAGCGAGGGUCGUGACACUCGGCCUGCUCGGCGGCGGAUCUAACAGCUGCUGAAGCACGGGCGGGGCAAUGCGGUGGCAGGGGGGCUAGUAACACGUGGGCGGCCAAGCAAGCUAGGACGGCCGUGGACACAGCGGAGGUGGCGGUCGCGCCGUUCCUGCUCAGGCCGUGCAGCCCCGGGCAUGGCGGGAAGCGAUUCACUGCCGCGAUUGGGAGAUUCGAGAGGUGGCCGGGCCGGGCGCGGUGGAACAGCGGCGCAGCUCGCCGCGGCGGCCCGCACAGCCCGUCGUCGGGGCUUCCGUGCCACGGCGGCCACUCCGAUGGGUCAAGAUAGGGGUGAGAGAGUUGAAGAAUAGGGCAUUUUGAUCCGAAUAUUUUUAUAAAUACAUCGAAAGGAUACGUAACGGCAUGUUUCGAAUAUAUGCGAAAUUGUAAUGGCACCGUCAUAGUUUCUCGAGAAGUAAUGUCGCGCGCUUAAAAUAAGAUAGAGUUACGAUGGCACAGAUCUAAUUAACCCUUAAAUUUAGAACUGUACUCCUACCUAUGUGUCGAUGUGCUUGCCAUUGCUGACGUCAUGAACUGAUGAUAAAAAAAAAUCGUAAGCAUACGUCAAAUGGUCGAAGAGGGUUUGGUGGGGGUGCAAGCAUGGCACUACGGAAAGGGACGCCACUACGCUAGUCCCAACUGUCGCCCAUAGAUCCACGCCUCAAUGCCACCUGCACUGCACGCCGCCGUUGCUUAUUUUUGCUCAUGUCACGGCCGUUCUUCAGUACCUGCCAACGUGUCGAACACGCGCAGAACAAUAAUUGGUAGUACAGAAAUCUAAGGUAAGGUAGGAUGGGAAUUGGGAUAGAUCGAGGGGGGUGGUGUGGAUGUGAAUUGUGAUGAGCCGCAUGGACACAGUGACACAGUGACACUACUGUGGCUGACACCACGGACGAAGUCCUGCCUGGAAGACUGAUGAAAACAAUGGCCGAUGGGGCUGAUGAACGGUAUGCCAAGAAAUUAGCAGCCGGCCAUCCUAGCUUCUUAGACUUCGCUUGCUAGUCGAUCGGUAUCGUCAGGCGACCAACCACGAGCUCCAGUGUGUUCUGAUAGACCUGGCAGGCUGGCACCUCUUUGCCAGUUUCGCGUCGCAGCACCCAACAACUCAUGCCCUGUGUGUCUCGUUAUUUGUACUUGGAUGCAUGGGUAAGGACGAAACUGACAUCUUAACAGUGUUGAGAGUGGCCGUAAAAAAAAAUUCAGCGUGUACGCUUUAUGAUGCGUGUGCGAUCUUGGAUGGGUUGAGUCGUUUCUAACCACAAAUUAAAGCCAGCAUCUGUCCCAGACGAAAAGGCUUGAGCCCAGCCAAGAUCAGGGCACGCUUGAUGCGCUCGAGACGGCGACAUUCUUCUGUGACCGCAUGAGUGAUCGUCAUAGAUCGGCCAUGAAAUGAGCAGGCCGUCCAAAGCAAGGCCGACUCAACAACCCCCUCUCCUGGAAGAUUGUUACCGGACCAAACCCACAUUGCAACCCCUAUAAAUCCCCUACUCCCUCCCAUGGAGUCGUUGCACUCACCUCACGCGCCACACUAACUAGCUAGAAGUAGGCAGCCACAGGACCAAAAGCCGGAACGCUCUCGGCGCGCCACAGACAUCUAUCCGGUCGUCGACGAUGGCCGUCGAGGUCGUCACGUCCGAGCUGGUCCCGCCGAGCGAGCCCACGCCGCGGGGCGCGCUCUGGCUGUCCAACCUCGACCUCGCCGCCCGGAACGGCUACACCCCGACGGUCUACUUCUUCUGCCGCCCCGACGACGGCUUCUGCCGCGGCGGGGCGGGCGGCUUCUUCUCGGCCGACGCCCUGCGCGCGGCGCUGGCCGCCGCGCUGGUCCCGUUCCACCCCUUCGCCGGCCGCCUCGGCGCCGGCCCCGACGGGCGCGCCGAGAUCGACUGCAACGCCGAGGGCGCGCUCUUCGUCGUCGCGCGGUCCGCGGCCGCGCUCGACGACGUCGUCGAGGGCUUCGCGCCGUCCGAGGCCAUGCGCGACAUGUUCGUGCCGGCGUACGCGUCCGCCGGCCCCGGGGCACCCCUGCUCCUGCUCCAGAUCACCUUCUUCCGGUGCGGCGGCGUGGCGCUGGGCACGGCGAUGCACCACUUCGUCAUCGACGGCCGCAGCGCCUUCAACUUCAUCCUUACGUGGGCCGCCAUCGCCCGCGGGGACGCCGGCGCCGCCGUGACUCCGUCCCUCGACCGCACGCCCCUCCGGGCGCGCCCGCAGCCGACCGUCCUCUUCGACCACACCCACGAGUACGGCGGCGGCGGUCGCCGGGUGACCUCCGCCCGCGGGGCCAAGGCGGAGUACGCCAGCGCCAUCCUCAUCGUGAGCGGCGCGCAGGCGGCGGCGCUCCGCGCCCGCGCGGGCGCGGUGUCCACCUUCCGCGCGCUGGCGGCGCACGUGUGGCGGUGCGCGUGCGCGGCGCGCGCGCUGGCGCCCGACGCCGAGUCCCGCCUGUACACGAUGGUGGAUAUGCGCGGCCGCCUGUCGCCGCCGCUGCCGGAGGCCUUCUUCGGCAACGCGGUGGCGCGCGCCUCGGCGUCCGCCCGCGUCGGCGACCUGCUGGGCGGCCCGCUGGGGUUCGGCGCGCGGCGGCUCCGGGCGGCGACGGGGCACGGGGACGCGUACGUGCGGUCGGUGGUGGACUACCUGGAGGCGGCGGACCCGGCGGCGCUGCCGCGCGGCGGGCUGCCCGGCACGGACCUGCGGGUGAUCAGCUGGCUGGGGAUGCCGUCGUACGACGCCGACUUCGGGUGGGGCGAGCCGGCGCUGCUGGCGCCGGCGCUCAUGUACUACCCGGGGUUCGUGUACCUGCUCAACUGCCCGAGGAAAGAGGGCGGCGUCGCGGUGGCCGCCGCGCUGGAGCCCGACCACAUGGAGCGCUUCAAGGAGCUCUUCUUCGAGGAGCUGGCCACGCUGGUGUGAGAGCUAGCGUGACACGGACACGGUUCGAUUCGUUCAUGUGUGUACGUGUAUUGCGCAUGUUACCACUUGGAUUAUUAUAAGUUGCCACUAUGCUAGUAAAUGACCAUCGCCUGUAUAUCGUGUACGUGUGCAUAUUGUAACGUGUACCCAUGAAACCGAAGCAGAUUGUUUAUACGCAGUCAUGCAAUGUACGCACUAUACGAACACGCGCGGCCCAAUAAAUGUUUGAUUUUCCA